UGACUGUCUGCAGGUUUUCGCUCCUCCCUUGUACUUGAUUGAUGAGUUAAGCUUACUAAUUACUAAAGAACUCCCCUCACUUGGUUGUCUAGGGCUUAAUUGAAAGGAAUAAACAAAAACCUGCAGACAAUAGGCCCUCCAUGGAAUGAGUUUGACACCCCUGCAUUAGAUGGUGAAUGCUCUUAGGAUAAGAGCUCGCUAUAGGGCAGGGGUGCUUAACUGACCCUAUGAGGUCCAGAGCCUGCUGGUUUUCUGUUCUACCUUAUCAUUAAUUGCACACACCCAGUGACCCAGGUCUAAAUCAGUCCCUGAUGGGAUAAAAACGCAGAGGAAGUGGCUUUGAAGUCCAGAGUUAAGUUUGAGGGCUUUUCUUCUAAUCACAAUUGUUGGGUGUAUUAUAAGCUUAUAAUACACCACAUUAAUCGUAAUUCAAACUGUCUUUGAUAUAACCAAGUUAUUAUAAGCUUCAUUGGUCAAAAUACAGAGUAGUAGAUCAUAUGUAGGAAUGAAUGAGUUUUAUUAAUGCCACGGGCAUGUCCCAAUUCAAUCUGUUUAGCGUUGGACUCUACUGCAAGUAGGGUAGUGUUGAAAAAUACAAUUUAAUGGACGGUGCACCGUGCUGCCUUUGUUGACAACAUGACUGAGCGGCUCAGAUUACUGAUUGAUUUGAGAUGGCGCGCCUCCCUCCCCGCUUUCGCCCGAUUAUGAUUCAACCUGAGCCAGCGUAAUACAACUCCCUCUUGGAGCUGCUGCCCUCCAGUGGCUGACGUGGGAUAUUUUUUUUUAGGAAAAGCUCCUGCGUGUUUGCCAUUGGUUUCUUUUAGAGACUUGUUGUGCCGUUAUACGUAUUUUCUAAUGGUGUUUAAAAUUAGUUUUUUUUCUGGCUAAGAGAAAUGUGUUAAUCAAAAAUAUUAUUCGUAUUUAUUUUUAAACCGGAAGUACGAAGAUACGUUUUUCCUUGACAACCAGCGACGCGUUCUUAGCAACUGCUUCAGAAUGGCAAAAAUAAUUGGUGCUAAGAAAUCAUUGUGGCAACAAGUCUGUGAAGAAUAUGAGUCGGAGCAGCCCAGUCCACCCAGCGCUGCUUGGACAGACAGUGGUUCAGUGAGCACUCAUGUCUCCCAGUACAGCGCCAGCAAGCACUCUCCUGUCUUCUAUGGUCUCAUGGCAGCUAAGGUUGCUGUGGAUGAUGAUCCUGUGAAGCAUGUUGACCCUCUACUGAGCCACCCUGCCCUUGCUGGAUACUCUGCCUUGGACAAACCUCCAUCCUCCUGUCACAGACAGCCUCUGACCACACACCCUGCAUCCACUCCCCAGCUCUAUCAACGCCCAAUCACCCAGUUCCUGGAGGGGUCCGUGUUCCCAGUGCUACUGCCUGGACUGGAGGCCAUGCUGAGAGAGGCCCAGAGACAACACUGCCUGGAUAGGAAAAGAACAGCAUUCAACGCUUGUGACUUCCUAACUGAGUGGCUGUACAAUCGGAACCCCCGCCGGCAGGGACAGGCCCCUGUGGACUUCCAUGAGAUCCCAUUUGUCAAGGACUGGCUCAGGAUACAUCCCAGGCCUCCCAUCCCUCUCUCCCUACUGCUGUCAGACCAGCACGCUGCUGUUCUCAUCCAGUCCUUCUGGCGGGGCUAUACUGUGCGGGCCCGUGCAGAUGUGCAGGAGCUGCGCCAGUGGCAGAGGGAGCUUAGAGAGGAUAACCGUGACAUCACCAAAACAGUCCAAGAAUUCUGGGCUCACCAGGAGAGCCGGGUGAGCUCGGCCCUCAAUGACCUCAGGGGGGACUCCACCACCCCUCAGACCCCUCAGCCCGGCGGUGGGUACUCCAACUCAGACGUAUCCAUCCAGGUGGUCUCCCCCACCCCGCAAAGCACCGUGUUCCACACCCCCACCUCCCAGAUGAGUCCUGAGAGCACCGAGUCGCUGACCCCCAGCCUGCAGGGAGUAGAGGACCUGACCAGGGAGGAGAGGACACUAACUGACUCAUUGACCCUGCCCGAGGCUGCUGAUGCUGCCGUCACUGCUUUAGCCACUGCUAUGGAUACCUUUUCCCCAUCCUUAGGUAGCCACUGAAAGGCCAUAGAGGCUGAGGCCAUGUGUGUCCCAAAUGGCACCCUAUUCCCUAUACCCAGAGCUGCCCAAUCCUGGUCCUAGAGGGCUGAAAUAUAGUGGCUUGCAAAAGUAUUCACCCCCUUGGCAUUUUUCCUAUUUUGUUGCCUUACAACCUGGAAUUUAAA